AUGAGUUUCUCUAAGCUUUUGGUUCCUUUUCUUCUCCUUGCUUUCAUCUCAUUGUCGUCGAUCCCUCUCGCCUGUGCUCAAAAAUCUCUCUCCGCCUACGAUAUUCUCCAGCAGUACGGCUUCCCUGUCGGCAUUCUUCCCGUCGGUGUUACUGGCUACGAGUUCAACAAAGCCACCGGAGAGUUCAGCCUCUUUUUGAAUCGGAAGUGCAGAUUCUGGAUCGAUUCCUACGAAUUGGAGUACAAACCUACCGUCAAGGGCGUGAUUUCUCAAGGCGUAAUCAAAAAUUUGAAAGGUGUUAGUGUUAAGAUCUUGUUGAUUUGGUUCAACAUCGUUGAAGUCGUUAGCGAUAGUGAUGAACUUCGAUUCUCCAUCGGAGUUGCCUCUGCUAAUUUUCCGAUUAAUAGUUUCUAUGAAUCGCCGCAGUGUGGAUGUGGAUUUGACUGCGACAAGGUUGGGAGCUUGGUUUCGGCUUCUUGA